AUGGCGGACGUAUCUCGUGUAAUUCCGUGUUUGAUUAUAUUUUAUGCGUUGUAUAUGGGCUUUGAGCUUGGAAAACCUGUUAAAUUUUGUAACGUGAUCUUAAAUACGAAUGGGUUCAUCGAUUGUAAUAACAGAAUACAUCUUAAAAGGGGAAAUACAACUCGUGGUUCAAAUGCUCUGCUUGGACAACAAACCGUUUAUGGACCUGUUCUGGUCUCUGAUUCGGAUGUCGAAGUACCGCCUCAUGAACGGCUGAUAACUUGGUAUCUCAUGGCUAAUUUUGCAAGAAAUGAUCUUGUUUGUAAUACAGGGAAGGAGUAUUUAUCGAAAUAUAUAGAUGGUCAUGAACAGAAUGUAUCGCCUCAAUGCACUUGCUACCACGCUGAAAUUUACAUGUCUUUUCAUGCGGUAAAUAUAUCAAACUCUGUUGUUAUAGAUAUGCAAGGGUGGGUUGACUACAAAUUUUUUGUAGUUCGCUAUAACUACAGCUACUUCAAAAAUAUGUAGUCAGCUACAACUACUGCUACUUUUGAACAAAAGUAGUUCGCUACUGACUACCGCUACUGCUUAAAAAAUGUAGCGAACUAUUUCGCUAUUUCGCUACUCAAUAUUUUUUAAUUUUACUGUAUAUGGAACAUCUACUAUAGCUCAGGCUGUAAUGUAACCUAUAACAAAUCGACUUACGAGCAAAUAAGACGGCAUGCACUUGCACAGUUUGAACAGUUGCACGGCAUACUUUAUUCGUGCAAAUUGAGUAUUGAUUUUAAGCAAACUGUGUCUUAAUAACAUUCUAUUCUAUCAAGUUGCUAACAAUUUUAAAAAGUAGCGAAUAGCGAUUUGCUGUUUGAAAAGUAGUCAACUAUUUGGCUACUUUUAGGCAAAAUGUAGUUCGCUAUAACUACAGCUACUGUUUUGAAAAAGUAGUCAAAAACUACUGGCUACUUGAAAAUUGUAGUUCGCUACAGUAGCGAACUACAACUACUUCGCUACUACCCACCCUUGUAGAUAUGAGAUAUAUCCUAUUUUGGGAUAGAAACUCUUGUAUACUUUUUGUUCAUACGAAGGAAAAAAGAUCAAAGUGCCUUGUUAAGUACUAUAGUAACCCCUUUGCUUUUCGGCGUUUGUUAUUAUCGGGAGACGUUGAACUAAACCCUGUUCCCUGUACGGCGUUAAACUCAAAUUUAAAUGAGACGCCCACGAUUACGGCUAAUAGCAACAAUAUUCCCUCUCUCGCUGCUGAUCUGCCCUCUGGAUUAAAAUUUGUUAGCUGGAAUAUACAAAGUCUCAAUGCUCAUUUGGAUCAAGUUCGCUUGACAUUAAAUUCUCCAAACGAAGCAAGUGUGAUUGGUCUGUCCGAGACCUGGUUAAACCAAAAUUUUAUGAAUAAAGAUAUUCAAAUUGACGGCUAUAAAUUGGCUUCUCGGUUUGAUCGUGUUAGCGAUACUUGGGGAGGAGUUGCUAUGUUGGUAAAAGAAAAUAUACCAUUUGACGAGCGAAUAGAUCUCAGACAUGAUAAUCUUGAGACAAUAUGGAUUGAAUAA